GCUUCUCCAUCUCUUCGCGAAGUUUCAACCGGUAGUCAUCCCUCAAGGAUUGCCGGCGAUUGUCCUCUCCUUCCUCUAUCAUGGUCUUCUCUUCCAUGCCCAAAAACCCUUUCGAAUUUUUUUCUUCCUCUGUCACGUGACCCUUUAUCUUUUCUCCAUGGAUUUCCUCUUCCUCAAAAACAGCCAGCAGCCAUCCCUUCUUUCUCAAAAAAAUGGCCGGCAAUAUCUUUGUUUUCCUUCUCCUUUUCCUAUCAUGGCCAUCCUUUCUCUUUCCAUACCAAAACCCCCUUGUUUCGAUUCAACCUACCGGAAACCACCAUCUCACCCUUUCUCGAACCGUUUCCACGAGCCAGCAUGACCCACGCCGGCGAGUGAACACCUAAAUUGGGGUGAAGAGAACUAGAUCUAUUGAUCGGUGAUGGAGGUGCUGUCCACGCGAAGCUUCGGCGGUUCGGAGAAAUCUCGAUCUCCCCCAAUUGAAACAGAUCUGCAGACCAGAUCUAUGCUACCACAGAUCAUGAAUGGGGUGAUAAGAGGCUGAAAUCAGUGCAGAUUUAAGAUCCAAGUGCAUUUCCGGGUAAAGAAGAAAAAGAUUGGAGAGGCCCAAAAAAUAGCACAUCUAGAAGGCCUGGAGAGGUGAGUUUUGGAAUCGGGUUUUAGGAGUAGAAAAGGGAGUUCCGGAAUCGAGGAAAGAGGGAUCUUCUGUUGGAAGGAAGCCGCGGUUGAGAGAGGAGAUCGUCGAGCUUCAAGAGGAGUUCCAUUUUCUGGGUUUAUCAUCGUUGAUAGGUGCAGCUCUGAAACAAAGGGCUUUUUAGGAAAAUGGUGAAGGAGAUGAAGGGAGCUUGAUCCCGUGGGUAAGAUCCCUCCCAUCAAAUCAAGAUCUGUUUUCCUCUAAAAAUCCGCUGUGUUUGUUUUUUUUUUCUUUAUCUUUCUGUUGAUGUUUCACUUUUUUUUGGUAUUUGUUCAGACUUGAUGUUAAACUUGUAUAUGUUUGCUGGAAAUGAAUGAAAAAAAUAAAGGAUUGUUCAGUUU